UGUGCUGGAGACACACAGGACUAAACGCUCUGCCUUCCUUUCCCCUUGGCAGGAAUUUCUACUAUAUCACCAUCCUGCGUGACCCCGUCUCCCGCUACCUGAGCGAAUGGCGCCACGUCCAGCGAGGAGCCACGUGGAAGGCGUCCCUGCAUGUCUGCGACGGGCGGUCCCCAACCACCGAGGAGCUGCCCAGCUGCUACACGGGGGACGACUGGUCGGGCUGUUCCCUGCAGGAGUUCAUGGAUUGCCCCUACAACCUCGCCAACAACCGCCAGGUCCGUAUGCUGUCCGACCUCAGCCUGGUGGGAUGCUACAACCUGUCGGUCAUGCCUGAGGAGCAGAGAAAUAAGGUUCUGCUGGACAGUGCCAAGGAGAACCUGAAGCGGAUGGCCUUCUUCGGCCUGACCGAGUUCCAGCGGAAGACUCAGUAUCUCUUUGAGAAGACUUUCAACAUGAACUUCAUCUCGCCGUUCACGCAGUACAAUAGCACAAGGGCCUCCAGCGUGGAGAUAGACGAGCAGACUCAGCAGCGCAUCGAGGCCCUCAAUUUUUUAGACAUGGAGUUGUACGAUUAUGCAAAAGACCUGUUUUUGCAGCGGUACCAGUACAUGCGGCAGAAGGAGCACCAGGAAGCACGGCGGAAACGCCAGGAGCAGCGCAAGAUGCUGAGGGCGAAGCAGGCGCGCCUGAGAGAGCAGGGCGAGAACAGCUCCAGCACUGACUACAUGGCGAACGUGGAGCGGUGGCGGCGGUAGUGGCGGUGGGAGGGGGGGACUCGCCGGACACCGAAAGCGAAGCAGAACCCAACCCGCAAAUCGGAGGCGACGGAGCAGUCCAGACGAAUUACGCUUCUCGAGGGUUUGAAGCGCAAAGAGGUUAAAAUGUUGCCUUUGCAGUUGCCUUUGCAGUAAAUGUUGUACUGUACGUGGAACACUUAAUCUUAGCGUGUAAUUAAAUUGUCCUUUUUAGGUUUGUUGGAUUAUUUAUGAAAUAUGGGAGCCAAGUAGGCUCAUCGGAAAUGAUUGCUUGGACGUUUAUUUAAAAGAAAAGAAAAAAAAACAACUCCGUAAAUUAGUUAUGAGUACAAAAUGGGAUGCUGGAAAACGUUUAUGAUGUUCGGCUGAAAUCUAUCUGGGAAGCAAACUCAUUUCCUAAUAAUGAGCAUUUACCAUACUCUCACAAUACAGUAUAUGAGCAAAACCUUUUCCCUUUGAUUUUAUCUUAAUUUCAUUUUACUAAUGUGUUUUCAAGGGCACCAACUGCUUAUGAUAUUUACCAAGUUAAUGAAUGGACAAUGAAGGGAACAAUAAAGGUCUAGAAAAAAUAUUGACUAGUUUUAUGUAUAAUAUUGGCUUUUAAAAGGAAUAGAAGUAAUUUCUCUAGUUACAUAAAUACUUAAAAUUUUAAACUUUUUCUACCUACUGCUGUUUAGAGUUUUAUGCUUGGUCUAUCUCAUAUUUAAAAAAAAAAAAAGGAAAAAAACCAACACAUGCAUACUUUUCUGAACUCGAUGCCAAUGUUAAAGACACUGUUUCCAGAAUUUUUCAGGGCAGUAUGAUUUUAACCAUUCUGGAAAAGUUACAGCACAUCUUCAUGUUUCAUAAAGCCUUUUCCAAAUUUUAGUCCUGUGACAGUGUCUAAUUUUAAGUCUUUCUUACCCACUAGAAUACAUAAUGCUGAAUUUAUCAUUCCUUAAUAAUUGGUGGUAUAAACUAGAUGAAAUUAUGUUAUGGAUAUUUGUGUAAUGUCUUUAAAAAGUCAUACAUCUCU